AUGGCUGGUAUAAAGCCACCUGUGUCUUCCCCGCUGGAGGAGAUGUCCGAUAGUGAUUCCUCAGAACAGGGAACUGCUGCGUAUCCAAAGAGGAAGAAAAAGAUAAACAUCGAAGAUCCAACUGCUGUAAAACCCACUGGCGCGAUUCCAAAACGAACCCGAAAACAGGCCAAGUUCGAGGAGCUUCCAGAACCAACACCGAGCAGACUGCUGAAAAGCAAUAAGUUUGCUAUGCUCGCAAUAGAAGAAGGUAACCUAGAACCCACUACGAAAAAAGAGCGUGUCCCCCCGCUUUUUACGCCGAUGAAAGACCUACUGCUGUUGCAAUCGGAGCUUUCCCAGCUGUCCCUCAAGCCGCUCUUUAAAAAAUGCAGCAUCGGCACGAAAAUCGUGUGUACCAGCCUAGACGAGUAUCAAAAAGUAAGUGAACUGCUCACCAAUAACAAAUUGCCGUACUACACACACGAUAAUCCAUCAACGAAGCCAUUAAAAAUUGUGCUGCGAGGCUUACCUGCUUUUGAUGAAGAGAAGGUCCUAACUGAGCUUAAAAAUUUGGGGCUUAAGCCUCAGGCGGUUUUCCCCAUGUCUCGCCGAUCGCAGGUGUGCAAAGAUGACCCGUUUCGCGAUGAGCUGUUCCUCAUACAUUUUACCAAGGGUACAACAACAAUUGGUGCGCUCCGCAAUAUUAAGGAAUUAUUUCGUGUCAUUAUCCAGUGGGAACCAUACCGCCCCCAACACAGAGACGUCACUCAAUGCACCAACUGUCUUUGGUUUGGCCACGGUACCAGAAACUGCAAGAUGCUACCGCGCUGUGACAAUUGUGCUGAAAAUCAUCUGUCAGCGACUUGUGAACAGGAUGAUGACAUUGCACCGAAAUGCGCAAACUGCAGCGGAAACCAUCGAGCCACUAAUCGCAUUUGCCCAAAACGUGUGGAAUUUAUUCGUAUCCGCAAACAGGCAUCGACUUCCAAACAACCCGGCCGAGUUCGGAAACCUUCACCUAUCAUCAAUUCGGACCACUUCCCGCAGCUCAAACCUCGUGCAGUGGUUCCUGUGCUGAGCCCGCUACCUCUUCCAAACAACAACCAGCAAAAUCGCAGCCAUCCAGCUGCGAUAAAAUCGGUCCAGCCGCGCCUCACCAUCGCCUCAGCUCAUCAACCAACCACUCCUACUCCUGGGCUUUCCUACGCCAGUGUUACUGCCGGCCCCUCCAUCAGUGACGACUCCCCACUCUCAACAGAAGAACUCGUCGCAAUCAUUACGACUGCAAUAGACAUCAAGCGCAAAUAUAAAACCCGCAGUCAACAACUGGCUGCAAUUGUCGCUCUCAUCGAUCAAUAUGGACCGUAG